AUGGAUAAGCCUUCACAAAAGUUGAACUUGAUUGAUCAAAUCCAACGCCUAGGACUUGCCUACCAUUUUGAAAUUGAGAUAGAUGAGCAGCUACAACAAAUCCACAGAAGCUAUUUUGAAUCUCAUCAUGGCGAUAAUGAUGACAACCUACACAUGACUGCUCUUCUCUUUCGAUUGUUGCGACAACAAGGUUACAAUGUUCCAUGCGAAAUCUUUAACAAGUUCAAGGACGAUGAAGGGAACUUCAGCAAAUUGCUCGUUGUCGAUGUGCAAGGAGUGCUGAGCUUGUUUGAAGCUUGCCAUCUACGAUUUCAUGGUGAUGAUAUUUUGAAUGAUGCACUUGCCUUUACUAAAGCUGUCCUUGAAUCAACUGACAAAGGAAAAGUAAGCCGAAUUUAUUUUGAACCAGCAUACGAAGCCACUAGAGAAAUACUGACCAAAGUGAACGUGAUUCUUACCAUUAUGGAUGACUUGUAUGAUGGCUAUGGUACAUUGGAAGAACUAGAACUUUUCACCGAAGCAAUUGAAAGGUGGGAUGUCGGUGCCAAUGAUCGAUUGCCAGAGUACAUGCAAGUGUUUUACAAGACAGUUCUAGAUUUUUAUGACGAAAUUGGCUACGAACUAAUCAAAAAAGGACAAUUAUACCGCAUCUUCUAUGCAAAAGAAGGGAUGAAAAACACAGUGAGAGCGUACCUUGCUGAAGCCAAAUGGUUCCACCAAAACUACAUACCAACGAUGGAGGAAUACAUGCCCGUUGCAUCAGUUACCAUUGGUUGUGCAAUGGUAAUGGCGACAUCGUUACUGGGAAUGGGAGACAUCGUAACAAAAAAUGAGUUUGACUGGUUAUUGUUUAGCGAUCCCAAGAUGGUGAAGACUUCAAAUGUAGUCAGUCGGCUCAUGAAUGACAUUGCCGGACAUAAGUCUGAGCAAGAGAGAGGAGAUGCCGCAUCUUCAGUGGAGUGUUUCAUGAAACAGUAUAGAGUGACGGAGGAAGAGGCCAAGGAGGUUCUCCGUAAACAAGUGGACGAUGCAUGGAUGGACAUUAACGAAGAGCUGUGCCGUCCGACCGUUGAACGUACGCUACUCCUAGUGCGAAUUCUCAAUUUUUCACGAACCUUCCAUGUGAUAUACAACGAUGAAAAAGAUCACUACUCUCAUGCUGGAACCAGGUUCAAAGAGCUUGUGACUUCUCUGCUUGUCAAUCCAUUGCCAGUGUGA